AUGGCGGCGCCCGCGUCCGUACGUGACGUCAUCGGGAGGCGCCGCGCGACGAUGCUGGAGGCGCUGGAUGGCGGGGGGCUGCUGCUCGUGAGGGACAGCGCCGAGUCCGAGGGUCGGAGCCUCCUGCGGGCGCUCAUCACCGAGGCUGUGGCCAGGUCUGAUCAGGUGCUCCUGGUGCUCCUGGAGGUGCCGUGGGAGCAAUUCCAGGUGGGGCUGAGCCCCAGUGUGAGGGAAAGGCUGCAGAUCCGGGAUUUUUUCGGGGACCCCCUGGGCUGGCUGGGCCGGGGUCCCCCAAUAGCGGGGGGGUCCCUGGGGGGGGGUCCUGGGGGGUCUCCCCUCCCCCCCGGGGGGGUCCCGGACCCUCGCUCUGGAUUCGCUGAGCUGGGCCCUGCUCAGGGAGCCCCUCCCCCACCUCUGCCGGGGGCUGGGGGCGCUGCUGGGGGGGACCCCAAAAAACGAGCCCCCUCCCCAAAUUUUGGCCCUGCUGCACCAGGACCUGCACCCCCCCCCGGUUUUGGGGGUUCUGGGGGGUCUGGCCCGGGCUCAGCUGAUCCUGGGGGGGCCCCCAGAGACCCCCGGAGCCCCCCGGGAGCUGCGGCUGCUGCGGGACCCCCGGAAAGGGGGGGGACCCCUGCAGCAGACCCUGACCCUCCUCCCCGACGGAUCCUUCGGGGUCCCCCCCCCGACCUUGGGAGAGCCCAAAAAACCCCAAAAUCCCCCAAAUUUGGGGGUGACCCCCCUGACUUUCCGCCUGGGGCUUUCGGGAGCCGAGCGGGGGGCGAGGGCGGCCCUGACCCCCCCGUACCUGCCCAGGAGCGACCCCGAACCUCCCCCCGAGGACCCCGAGGACCCCGACGAGGACCUGGACCUUUGACCCCUCCCCCGGGACCCCCCGAAUUUUGGGGGAAAAUAUCCCAAAUUUGGGACCCCAAUAAAGGAGCUGAACCUCCCGUGCACCUUAAUUUGCAUAAGUAA